AUCGCAAACCGAGGAGAAAUUGCAUGCCGAGUGAUGCGAACAGCAAAGAAAAUGGGUGUGAAGUCUGUAGCAGUUUAUAGUGAAGCAGACAGAAAUUCCAUGCAUGUAGCAAUGGCAGAUGAAGCAUAUUGCAUUGGUCCAGCACCCUCACAGCAGAGUUAUUUGGCCAUGGAGAAAAUAAUGCAGGUGGCCAAGGUCUCAGCAGCACAGGCUAUUCAUCCAGGUUAUGGUUUCCUCUCAGAAAACACGGAGUUUGCAGAGUUGUGCAAGCAGGAGGGAAUCAUCUUCAUAGGUCCACCUUCAUCUGCUAUCAGAGAUAUGGGUAUUAAGAGCACUUCCAAAGCUAUAAUGUCUGCUGCUGGCGUUCCUGUUGUUGAAGGUUAUCAUGGAGAAGAUCAAUCAGAUGAGUGUCUAAAGAAACAUGCCAAGAGAAUAGGGUAUCCAGUGAUGAUUAAAGCUGUUCGUGGAGGUGGGGGAAAGGGCAUGAGAAUUGCUCAUUCAGAAAAGGAGUUUCUGGACCAACUAGAAUCAGCUAGGAGAGAAGCAAAGAAGUCUUUUAAUGAUGAUGCAAUGCUGAUUGAGAAAUUUGUAGAUAAUCCAAGGCAUGUUGAAGUCCAAGUAUUUGGUGACCAGCAUGGCAAUGCAGUCUAUUUGUUUGAAAGAGACUGCAGUGUGCAGAGAAGACAUCAGAAGAUCAUUGAAGAGGCACCAGGGCCAGGAAUUAAUCCUGAAGUUCGAAAGAGACUUGGAGAAGCGGCUGUCAAAGCAGCUAAAGCAGUGAAUUAUGUGGGAGCAGGAACAGUGGAAUUUAUUAUGGACUCCCAACAUAAUUUUUACUUCAUGGAGAUGAAUACCAGACUGCAAGUAGAGCACCCAGUUACAGAGAUGAUCACUGGAACAGACUUGGUGGAAUGGCAGCUUAGGGUUGCAGCAGGAGAGAAGAUUCCCCUAAUGCAGGAAGAGAUUGUGCUCCAAGGCCAUGCAUUUGAAGCUAGAAUAUAUGCUGAGGACCCUAAUAAUAACUUUAUGCCAGGGGCUGGGCCAUUGUUGCACUUAUCCACUCCACCACCUGAUAGUUUCACCAGGAUAGAAACUGGAGUCAGACAAGGUGAUGAGGUUUCUGUUCAUUAUGAUCCAAUGAUUGCAAAGCUAGUUGUUUGGGCUGAGGAUCGUCAGGCAGCACUGAGAAAGUUGCGAUACAGUUUGCAUCAAUAUAAUAUUGUAGGAUUAAGCACUAAUAUUGAUUUCUUACUGAGCCUAUCAGGACACCCACAGUUUGAGGCUGGAAAUGUGCACACUAAUUUCAUUCCUCAGCACCAUGAUGAACUGUUUCCAACCAAAAAGGCAACCCCACAUGAAGUUAUGUGUCAGGCAGCUCUAGGACUCAUACUGAAAGAGAAAAUGCUAACAGAUGCUUUUAGAGAUCAGUCAGAUGAUAAAUUCUCGCCAUUUGCAUCCAGCACUGGUAGAAGGAUAAAUAUAUGUUAUACUAGAAAACUGUCUCUGCUGGAUGGGGAAAACAUUGUGGAUGUAGCUGUAAGUUACAAUCAAGAAGGGUCAUACAACAUGCAGAUUCAAGAUAAAACGUUUCUGAUUUCUGGUGAGAUCUUCAAUGAAGGUGAUUCAGUUUACUUGAGGUCUUCAGUAAAUGGAACAGUGUGUAAGUCCAAAUUGGUCAUUUUGGACAACACCAUUUAUCUCUUCUUUCCGGAAGGUAGCGCUCAGAUUGGCCUUCCUGUUCCCAAGUACUUAUCUGCAGUAAGUUCAGUGGGGAUGCAAAGUGGUGCUGUAGCACCCAUGACAGGCACAGUUGAAAAGGUGUUUGUGAAAGCAGGGGAUAAGGUUCAGAUCGGAGACCCUCUAAUGGUUAUGAUAGCUAUGAAAAUGGAGCACACCAUAAGGGCUCCAAAGGCAGGAGUGAUAAAAAAGGUUAAUUUCCAAGAAGGUUCCCAGGCCAACAGACACGCUCCGCUAGUUGAAUUCGUGGAUGAAGAGGCUGAGUCAAAAUAAAAUUCAAGGAAGGGUUUUAAGCAGCUGU